CGGCUCUGAACGCGGCAUUGGUGGUGCAGACUGCAGAGGAGAAACUAAAAGGAGCCUCCUUUUGUAUUCGCCCAAUCGGUGAAUUGGGAUUUCAUUCAAUUCUUGAAUCGGACGAUUCCGCUGGACCGAGCUCGUCCUAUUCUUGCUUCUGUUUACAGCUUUCAAGUGUCGACUGUUGAGUGAGAAUUGGUUGAACUCGCAGGAUCGAAGAUCUUGAUGAAGAGAAACGGAAGCUCUUUGAGCGUAGGAUCCUUGGAAGGAGGAGGCUACGAAGGACUGAGCUUGGACUACUAGAUCUCGACUGGAAAUGAGAUUCUUCUACAAGAAGAGGAAGCGGAAAUCUGAGCGAGAGAUCGACGGAAAAGAAGGACACGAAGGAGGAGGAUCGUCGGAUUGGAGGUGAUAGAGAGUAGAUAAGAGAAAGAGCGUGGGGUAGAAAUGAAAUUUCAAAUAUCGACGACGGGGAUGAAGAGAGUGACGAUCUCGAGUGGAGAAGGAGCAAGAGGCUGUUUGUGGGAGGUGAUGAAGGGGAAGGGAUCGGCGCGCCGGUUUUCUUAUCGUUCCGUUUUACCCACCGUGUUAAUUCUGGGGGUAAUUUCACCGUUUCUCUUCAUCCACACUGCCUUCCUCACUCUCGAUUCCACCUCCCUCUGUUCUUCCCUCGGAGCUGCAGCAGAGUGUAUAAGGUGGAGAUUGGGGCCUACUCUUUUCGGCGGGAGCGAAUCAUCGCCGGAGCUCAGAGAAGAACUGUUGAGAGCGUUGAUGGAAGCAAUGGCAGUGGAUGGAAGAGCAGGAGUAGAGGGUGAUCCUGGAUCGUUCAAGGAGCUGGUAAUGGAUGUGACGUCCAAUAGACAAGACAUCAAGGGUUUUGCCUUCAAAACCAAGCUUAUGCUAAUGAAAAUGGAGCACAAGGUCCAAUUAGCAAGACAUGAGGAACUGGUUUACAGGCAUUUUGCUUCAUAUGGGAUCCCAAAAAGCAUGCAUUGCCUAUCUCUAAGGCUGGCUGAAGAGUACUCUAUUAAUUAUUUGGCUCGAGCUCCAUUGCCACCACCAGAGUCAGUGUCUCGUCUUGCUGAUCCCUCAUACUUUCAUCUUGCUCUCCUAACUGACAACAUUCUGGCUGCCUCUGUUGUGAUCUCUUCUGCCCUGAAAAACUCUGCUUAUCCAGAAAAAAUGGUGUUUCACUUACUCACUGACAAGAAGACUUAUGCACCCAUGCAUGCAUGGUUUGCACUUAAUCCUGUAGCUCCAGCUGUGAUGGAGGUCAAGGGAUUACAUCAGGUUGAUUGGCCUCAUCAAGUUAAUGUUGGAGUGAAGGAGAUGUUGGAGAUUCAUCGUUCAACUUGGCAUCAUUACUACUAUAACAGUCUCCAAGAACGAAAACUUGAUGAUUUUGAGGAGGGAGACUUGAACAGAAGAUUGGAUGCCUUGAGUCCUAGCAGCCUCUCCCUCUUAAAUCAUCUUAGGAUUUAUCUCCCCGAGCUAUUUCCAGAUCUUGACAAAAUAGUAUUCUUGGAUGACGAUGUAGUAGUACAACAUGACUUGUCAACUCUAUGGGAAUUGGAUCUCAAUGGGAAAGUUAUUGGUGCAGUUGUUAACUCAGGAAGAGGACAAGGAGAAAGUGAGAGAAAUGAAUGUCUCCCUGGAAGAAAAUAUGGGGAUUACUUGAAUUUCUCAAAUUCAUUAGUAUCAUCAGAGUUCGAAUAUGAUGAUUGUUCAUGGUUAUAUGGAAUGAAUGUUUUUGAUCUACAAGCAUGGAGGAGAACCAGCAUCACAAAGAAAUACCAUUAUUGGCUUGAACUUAAUCUCAAUUCUGACUUUACACUUUGGUGUCCUGGAGCGCUUCCACCCGCAUUACUUGCUUUCGAGGGUCAUGUUCAUCCAAUUGAUCCUUCAUGGCACAUGGCUGGAUUGGGUCAGCAACCACUUAGAAUAGCUUGGAAAACGUUGGAAGCUGCUGCUGUCAUACACUUCAGUGGCCCUGCAAAACCAUGGCUGGAUAUAGGGUUUCCAGAGCUACGUGGUCUAUGGAAUGCAUACGUUAAUUUUUCUAAUGAUUUUAUAAGAAAAUGUGAUAUCAUAGAAUGAAGAGAGCAAAGAAGUUCUCCUUUCUUAUACAUAUGUUGAACAGAGCCGGAGGUGCAAUUUGAGCAGAGGGAAGAAGGUUUUGCCUUCAGUCUCUGCUCACAUGUACCUCUGGUCAUGAAAGUUCAUUCUUGCUCAUUCUGUAUUAUAUCAAUAGAUAUCAUAUAAAGCUACCAAGGAUUACAGAAGAAAAUUUUAUGCUUAAACAUUCUCACAUUUCUGGGGUUGCUUUAUUGGAUUAUCUUCAUUUUUGGCUUCAAGUUUCAACAUCCUUAUGGUGGGAUAUUAAUUACUUCCUUCAAGUUUCAAAUGAAGGAUCCAAAUUGUCAAAGAAAUGGAUGCAACAGGACAUUGGAUACAAGGCACUAAACAAAUUAACAAAGCAUUGUCUUCUGUGUGGCUGUGUGGAAAAAUUCCUACUAGAGAUUUGCUAUCUGAGAAGAGAGUAGAAGCGGAGUCUCAUGGUGAACAAAGCAUUGAGAGGGAAAUUGAUUGAACCAGUCCAUGGACGAAAGCUCUAGUCACUCUCCUGAUGAAGGUCUAGUCAUAUACUGAUCUGGCAUUCUUCAUAAGGUUCAUGUAGUGUCUGCCCACUGAUUAGUGAUUACAAGUGCAUAUGCUUGCAUGUACACAAAAGACAAAGCCAAUGCCAUUUCCAUUAUCUA